CUGAUAUCUGUGUCGCUUCAAUUAUGAUUCAAUCACCUGGUUCACAGUCGACUGAAGGAUAAUAAUUUAAUCUAAAAACCCUGAUUUAAAUUCUUCAAACCUUUUCGAAUUGUAUUAUAAGUUGAGAAAUUGACAGAUCACAACAACAAAUCGAACCAGAAGAAAAGCAAAUCCUUUGUAACGAAAACAGUUACACCAUUGAUUAAUUUACAUCCUCUGUUCCUACUAUGCCUUCGUCUCCAUCGUUUCGGGGGAAAGCUACAGAUGAUAAUGUCGAUGCUACUACAGAAGCAGAGGACGCGUCCUACAACUUCAACAACUCUGUUGUGGACCUUGAAAACGCUAACUAUAACACAGUGUGGAGAGAAUCGAGUUACAAUUUCUCAAAAGACGGUGAGAAGUUCGAUUUCUUAACGUCUGAGCCGCCGUCGCCGCCGUUAUCAAGAAUAGCUGAGAGUCCGAAUAACUAUGGCACGCUGACGCCGAAAGAAGUUAUGGUUUAUUUUCGCGAUGAGGUGAUUGAGCCGCAACCGAUAAGGCACCGGCGCCGGUCCAAUGGUAGUGGUCGUACGAGCGGCGGUGGAGAAGAAGUGACGCUUUGCUCCGGGAAUGCUUCAUUUAAGAGAAAAUCGACGUUGAUGAGGACGAAAACCAAGUCGAGGUUAAUGGAUACACCGGAGAGAGAUAAGAGGUCAGGGAGAAUAUCGAAAUCUGGAAUUUUGGGAAAAGGUGGUAGUGAAUUCGAUGAAGAAGAUCCAUUUUUGGACGAUGAUUUACCUGAUGAGUAUAAGCAGUUAAGGUAUAGCAAAUGGACUUUACUUCAGUUAUUUUGUUUAAUCCUGAUUCUUGGUGGUUUAAUUUGCACCUUCAUAAUUCCUUAUUUUAAGCACAAGAAACUUUAUGAUCUUGUAUUGUGGAAAUGGGGGGUUAUGAUAAUGGUUUUGAUAUGUGGAAGAUUGGUUUCUGGUUGGGCGAUUAGGCUUCUAGUAAUCUCGAUAGAACGAAACUUCUUACUACGAAAAAGGGUUUUAUAUUUUGUAUAUGGUUUGAGAAAUGCUGUUCAAAAUUGCCUUUGGUUUGGGUUAGUUUUAAUUGCUUGGCAAUGUAUAUUCCAUGAAAAAGUCAACCAUAUGACACAUGGAAAGGUUUUGCCUUAUGUGACAAAGAUUUGGAUAUGUCUUUUGGUGGGGACAAUCGUUUGGCUAUUGAAAACAUUGUUAGUCAAAGUUCUUGCAUCCUCUUUCCAUGUGAGCACGUAUUUCGACCGGAUUCAAGAAUCUUUAUUCAAUCAAUAUGUAAUUGAAACCCUUUCGGGUCUACCGGUGAUUGAGAUUCAACAAGAACAAGAGGAGGUGGAUGAGAUGAUCUCGGAGGUUGAAAAUUUUCAAAAUGCUGGUACCAGUUUGCCACCUGAUCUUAAGGCGAAUAUAUUCAAGAAAACUGGAAGGUUUAUUGGAACUCCAAGAAACAAUAGUAAAAGUGGUAAAUUUUACGAAGUUAACAUGCCGGUUGAAGAUGGGAUCACGAUUGAUCACUUGCAUAGGCUAAAUCAGAAGAAUAUAUCGGCUUGGAACAUGAAAAGAUUGAUGACUAUUGUUAGAACAGGAGUUUUGUCUACUUUAGAUGAUCAACUCGGAAAGUCAUGUGAUGAGGACGAGUCUGCGGUGCAGAUAACAAACGAAAUGCAAGCUAAGAUUGCAGCCAAGAGAAUAUUCUGUAAUGUUGCUAUGGAAGGCUCAAAGCGCAUUUAUAUAGAAGAUUUAAUGCGUUUUCUGAGAGAAGAUGAAGCGUUGAAGGCAAUACGGCUCUUUGAUGGAGAUAGUGAAACCAAAGGAAUCAGCAAGGCACUUCUCAAGAAUUGGGUGGUUAAUGUGUACCGAGAACGAAGAGCUCUUGCAUUGUCUCUGAAUGAUACAAAGACAGCCGUGAAGAAACUCCAUCAAAUGUUCAAUUUGGCUACCACAUUCGAAGCCAUUAUUUUCUUGUUCGUAAUGCAUCCGUUUGAUGUCGGUGAUCGUUGUGAAGUUGACGGAAUUCAGAUGGUAGUUGAGGAGAUGAAUAUAUUGACUACGGUUUUCUUGAGGUUCGAUAACCUGAAAAUUAUAUAUCCAAACAGUGUCUUGGCUACGAAACCGAUCUCCAAUUACUACCGUAGUCCGGAUAUGGGGGAUGCUGUGGACUUUUGUGUACAUGUAUCAACCCCUGUCGAAAAGAUUGCUCUCAUGAAGGAGAGGAUAACAAGCUACAUUGAGAACAAGAGCGACCAUUGGUACCCUGCACCUAUGAUAGUCUUGAGGGAUGUAGACGACAUGAAUCGGCUAAAGAUAUCAAUAUGGCUUUCACACCGUAUAAACUUUCAAGACAUGGGUGAACGAUGGAGUGUGUCCUCAAAUCGGGUUCCGUCUACAUGGACUACUUUGGCAAACUGA